AUGGAUUUUCAUCCAUGGUCUGAUAAGGAAGCAGGAGACAGGAUAGCACAAAAGAGAUAUGGUAAUGCUAUGGUUAUUUAUAUGGUUUCAUUGGAAUGUGCUACUACAGAAAUAAAAUGGACGUGGAGAUGUGCCUCAACAAACUAUCGCAUCAGCCGAUGCAUUGCAUUUAUCAUGUUACUAUUAAAUCAUCAGAAUUCGCAUCGAAAUUUAUUCAUGGUUGAUGUAGGAUCGAAGUCAGCGAAUAUUCAGUUUGCCACUGGCGUAGAUUCACUUGAUAGUGGACCUUCAUGUAGUGAAGCAAGCUCCAUUUCAUCAUCGGCGCCCGCAGUUCUGGUUAACUUGCAUAAAGAACCUUUGUCACCAGUGUCCGAACGUUAUCGCCUUAAGAAGUUUCACCUGCAGGAGAAAUAUGACUAUAUUUAUUUGUCCAACAGUCGGUUACGCAAUCGUUUAUACCAUAUCAAAAAAGAAAUCAACCAUUUGAAGCGCUUAAAAAGAGUACUUUGUCAGCGAUUGUUCACAUUUCGUGAUCCAUUUAUGGAUUCAUGCCUUGAAAUUCCGGAUAAUGAUCCAGCAUCUUCAACAACAGAGAAGAUUUCAACCGAUGCACUAGGGAAGCCAUCUGGUAGUUCUAAAAAGAAGAAGGCUGCAGAUGUUAAAAGAGUUAGUCAGCACCAAUCAAAUAACCCAGAUUGCGGGGAAGAUCAAAGCGUGUAUGGACUGCUAAAAAUUCAAGGUGCCAGGUUGUCAAAGUAUCCCGGAAUGGACCCUUCAUUAUGCACAUGCUGGAAAGUGGUACCCCGAGAAAAUGAAAGUGAAGUUUCUGGUGUGGAAAAGCAUUCAAGAUCUGUGUUGAGUAUCACAAAAUGUGGAGCAGUUUCACUUGGAGCAUGUCUUGGCUUCAGUUAUUUUAAGCUUGGGAAACUGCUUUGUCCGAAAUUUUAUUAUCAAGUAAAUGAAGUGUCAUCGAUGGUGGAAAUAGCGAAGAAUAGUGUCAUAUCAAUAAUAGACUCGGUGAUUACUGAAUCUCAUGAAGAACGUGUGCGUGCCAAUCAGAACUCCAACGGACAAAAAACAUCUCAGCAGUCUCCCAUUGUGCCAGCCUUAAGCGAAUCAGUGCGGAAUGAAGCAGGGAACGAGGGGGUCUCUGAAGAUGGUGAACCAGUCAUUGAAAGGAUGUUACAUUCUUCAUCUGUAGAUCAUUUAUUACCUGUCGACCCAGAUUCCGACCCUAAUAAUGUACUUACUGGAUUUGGUGAAAAUUUGGAGGAAAAUUUUAUGGCUCAAGAUUAG